UGCAAUAAUAUUAGACCUUGAUUAGCACCAACUUUCUCUAAUUCCCAUGGAGACCCUUACAUUUGUCUUCAGCCUAGCUGCUGCUGUAUUUGCUUACGCACUCUGGUUCCAUCUCCUAGUCAGGAGGUUAACCGGUCCAAGAGUAUGGCCGAUAGUCGGUAGCCUACCAUAUCUUGUCAUGAACCGGAGGAGAAUCCAUGAUUGGAUUGCUAGUAACCUUCGAGCAACAGGUGGCUCAGCAACCUAUCAAACCUGUACGAUUGCUCUUCCUUGCUUGGCUUGGAAGCAAGGGUUCUACACCGUCACUUGUCACCCCAAAAACAUUGAGCACAUUCUCCGCACGCGGUUCGAUAACUACCCGAAAGGGCCUCACUGGCAAGCUGCAUUUCAUGAUCUUUUGGGGCAAGGGAUCUUCAAUAGCGAUGGAGAGACAUGGCUCAUUCAAAGGAAAACAGCAGCGCUGGAGUUCACAACCCGGACACUCAGGCAAGCCAUGGCUCGGUGGGUGAAUAGGACUAUCAAGAAUCGUCUAUGGUGCAUUUUAGACAAAGCAUCCAAUGAGAAGAAAUGGGUAGACUUGCAAGACUUGUUGCUUCGCUUAACCUUUGACAACAUUUGCGGCCUUACCUUUGGUAAAGAUCCAGAAACACUCUCUCCUGACUUACCUGAAAAUCCAUUUGCUAUGGCUUUUGACACAGCCACUGAAGCAACUCUCUAUAGGCUUCUUUACCCUGGUUUAGUAUGGAGAUUGGAGAAGAUCCUGGGGAUUGGAGCAGAGAGAAGAUUACAGAGUAGCCUCCAAAUCGUUGAAAACUACUUGAACGAUGCCAUUGAAGCACGAAAAGAAUCUCCGUCAGAUGAUUUACUGUCCCGUUUCAUGAAGAAAAGAGAUGCUGGGGGCAAUCUCUUCGCAAGCGCUGUUCUCCAACGCAUUGCUCUAAACUUUGUCCUCGCUGGCCGAGACACCUCUUCUGUAGCCCUCAGCUGGUUCUUCUGGCUCAUCAUGAACCAUCCCGAGAUUGAACAAAAGAUCAUCAACGAGAUAUCAACGGUUCUCUGUGACACGCGUGCAGACCACAAAAAAUGGCUUGAAGAACCUCUGGUGUUUGAUGAAGCAGACAGAUUGAUAUAUCUGAAAGCAGCAUUAGCUGAAACACUGCGCUUGUACCCCUCAGUCCCUCAGGACUUCAAGUAUGUUGUCCAAGACGAUGUCUUACCGGAUGGCACGUUCGUGCCCGCGGGCUCAACUGUGACAUAUUCGAUAUAUUCAGUUGGAAGAAUGAAGACUAUAUGGGGAGAAGAUUGCAUGGAGUUUAGGCCUGAAAGGUGGCUAUCUGCAGAAGGCGACAAGUUCGAUCCACCAAAGGAUGCUUACAAGUUUGUGGCAUUCAACGCUGGGCCAAGGACUUGUUUGGGGAAAGACUUGGCUUACUUGCAAAUGAAGUCUGUUGCCUCAGCAGUUCUGCUGCGUUACCGGCUCUCGCUGCUUCCGGGACACAGGGUUGAGCAAAAGAUGUCUCUCACUCUGUUCAUGAAGAAUGGUCUUCGCGUUACUUGCAGCCCCGUACACUAGCAUAAGAUUUUGACAUCUGGUUCAUUCACACUCGCAACUCAACUGUGUAUUGCUCUUACGGGUAUACAGGAAAUUAAGGCAUGGGGUUCAAUUGGGCUUUGGGGUAUAUAGUUUGAUUUGUUUUUACUUAACAAUUUCAUACAUUGUUUGUUUGGGUUGUUGAAUUUGAUUACAGUUGCUUAAGGGUACACUUAGUCAUUCAAAUGUCUUUGUGAUGUUUAUAAUCCGUAUCAGUUGAUAUGGGUUUUCAUAUGCUUAUUUUAUAAUUUCAAUAAA